ACCGAAUGCUUAUCGCUGACUGCCUGGAUCCUUUGUACCUGUUGAGAACCUACAGCGCAACUAGCAGGUUAACGCCUUAACGGGCGUUUAAACAAACAAACAAACGCACGCACACACACGCACACACACACACGCCAUGUAUGUUCGCCGACUGUACUUGAUUAAACGUUAAUGGACGAUAGCGGUGAAAGUGGUGAAGAUAGCGGAUCACUAAAUACUGCAACAUUUCUUACUAAUAAUAACAUAGCUACUUCAUACAUUAGCAUGCAGUCAGAUGAUAUGGAAGAUGAUCCUGAAAAUACAGACGAUUCAAACCCUGGUAAUUGUGAUCCACUGCAAGGAAUUAAUACCAAUUCAUCAAGUGGCCCAUUAAGGGAACAGGACAGAUUUUUACCUAUAGCAAAUGUGGCAAAAAUUAUGAAAAGAGCUAUACCUGAAGCUGGUAAAAUAGCCAAAGAUGCCAGAGAAUGUGUUCAGGAAUGUGUGUCUGAAUUUAUUUCGUUUAUUACAUCUGAAGCUAGUGACCGUUGCCAUAUGGAGAAAAGAAAAACUAUAAACGGUGAAGAUAUUUUAUUUGCUAUGACAACUUUAGGGUUUGAUAAUUAUGUUGAACCUUUAAAAGCUUAUUUACAAAAGUACAGAGAAGCUACCAAGGGAGAUACACCUACAACAAAUUCAGGGAUUUCUGGUAAUGAAGACAGGAAAAGUGAUCAUGCCCACUCAAGAGUCUAUGAAGAUCAAAUUUUUACUAUUACUACUGCAGGAGAUGCAACUGCUUCAGAAACUCCAAUUAUUUAUAGUUAUUCAACAGCAGAUCAAAUGCAAUUUCAUCUUAAUUAAUUUUGAAAACAAGUGAAAAUAUGUUUUAUGCCUUUGAAAUAUAGUAAUAGAUAUAUAAUUACCUUUUGUUUCUAUACACAUAAACUUCUGCUUAUAAAAACUAUAACAAUAGAUCAAUUCAUAUUAAUGUAAAGUAAGUCAUUUUGUAAUUUUUGAAAUUCAAUGAGCAUUAAUACAAAUAAAUUCUAAAAUUUUCACACUGUGUUAUAUAUUAUUCAAUUUUGCAAAAUUUACUUUUUCUUGAGGUCUUGUCACUCAUCAAUAUAGAUGUAUAAUUAAUGAAAUUAUAUUAAGAAUAUUUUUGAUAUCAAAAUUGUACAAUAAAUUUAAAAAAUGAUUAAUUAUAGUUAAGGUAAGAUAAUUUAUUAUCAGCAAAUUCUUUAAACUUUCACCAACUAAAUAAAAUAAGCUAUUGAACGGAAUCGUGACAAAUACUCUCAUUUUUGUGUAUUUAUAAAGGUAUUCUAAAAUUUCAACUAAAACCACUUGAUAAAUAAGCAAAUCUAUUAUACAAUUGAGAAGAUUUUAGGUGGAUUAUAAGAUAUUCUUAAAAACAUCCAUUAAAUGACGUAUCAAAAUUUUAUUUGCAAAUAACUUUCUGAUGAAUUUUAUUAAUGGACUGAGAGAGUAUUAUAACUAUCUUUUAAGUUGAAAUUUAAAGGUAUACAGGAUCUUAAAAUAAUAUUUAUUCAAUAACUUUGUUAUGUAAAACAAUAACCACAUUAGAUAUAUAAAGAA